AUGACACAGUCGGGUCUUCACAACCACCGCCUCACAACAUGUGUGUUAUUGCCUAAUCUCACUGCAUACAUCAAUGACAUGCUUGAACACAUCAUAGAAUUUAUUAAGAAAAAUAGCGAGAUAUUCAAGAUCCCAAAGUUCCUGUUUGAAGACAUCGAGCUCACUGCACAAUUAUCAAAACUUGUCAGCAAAGCACUUUCUUGCAUCUGCAGCAAUGUAAAGACUAAGCACCAUUGCUUGCAUAUCUUUCUUAUCGGCACCGGUAACUACAAGACCAUACCUCUAAAGGAUAUCUAUUCCCCAUUGCUCCUUCCAUCGCUCCACCAUGACCUUCAUGUCAAGGUUGGUGAUGCACUUGGCAUUAAUGUUGGAUUGGACAACUUCAACCAAGACCCCAUAGCUGAAGGUGAUGCUAAUCAAGUCCAGGAGAACAGUGCAGAUGGUAUGGGAAGCAUUGAAGGCAGCAUGAAUAGAGCAGAGGCUGGAGAUGAUGGACCCGAUUUUGAUGUUAACCAUGUUGGAGAUGAGGAGGAGGACGGCCUGGAAGGAAACAUGUCUGGCAUGGCAGAAACGUAUGAACUCGACCCCAAUGAUUGGGGAUUUGGUGGCCAUGGAAAGUGCACUAUCUUCAUGUCAACCAAAUUUUGGAAGUUUGUGGAUGCCUCGCUCGAGGGCGUUCUAUCAUCAGAAAGGAAGAGGACUGUUCCAAAGCUGCUUUCCAGCACCAAUCCUGUCACAACCCAAUAA